AUGAUGAUGAUGAUGAUCGACAUGAUGGAUGAUGAUGAUGAUGAUGAUGAUGAUGAUGAUGAUGAUGAUGAUGAUGAUGAUGUUGAUGUUCAUGCUGAUGAUGAUGAUUCGGAUAACGAUGAUGAUGCUGAUGAGGAUUCGGAUGAUUAUGAUGCUGAUGAUCAUUAUGUUGAUGACGAAGAUGAUGAUCAUGAAGAUGGUGAUGAUGAUUCUGAUGAUGAUGAUGAUGAUGAUGAUGAUGAUGAUGAUGAUGAUAAUGUAGGUGAUGAU